AUGGAAAAUUGUAUAAGGAUUAAUUUAAUCAAAUCGAUUGAAGUUCCAAAGACUAUAAGACCUUGAAACCUAGCAAGAAAGGCAUGUAUACCAGGACUUAUAAGAAAGAUAAGCCCUGUUAAAGAAGUCAAGGCGGGUUGUAAUCUGUCCUCAAUCACUGACAGUUCCUCACCUAAUAAAUAUAACCGAAGACAAACCUUCCUUAGUUUAAUAGAAGAAGAUUGAGAAAGAGAUGAGAAAAGUAAUCAUGGGUCUGAAUCUUCGAGCUGAGAUUCAGUUAGUCCUAACAGUAAUUCAAAAAGUGAAAUUGAACUCCUGAAGAAAUCGAAUGUUCAACUAUUGGCUCCAAAUAAAUCUUGAACUCAGGCGGAUCUCAGUGGAUCUCAAAACAGCCCUAUACAAGCCUCUCCAAAUAUAAUUCUGAAUCAGAGAUAUAACCCUUGUCCCAAAAAGUCUUUGAGAGAAGAGUAUAACUAUCCAAAUUUUGAUGCAUAUUUCUCGUCUACAUUCAAACUGAACGAAAACUACACAGGGAAGAAUUUGCAAGAAAAGAAAUAUGUUAAGAAAUUUGAUCUCAUGAUGGUGGCUGAAGAGUAUUUAAUCAACCUAGGAGACAAUCUUUUCCUCCUAAGAAAUCAUCAAAAUGAGCUAAGAACCGCUGAAUAUAAAGAUUUAGACCAAAUCAUACUGAGAAAAGGUAUUAGUCUAAAGACCAAAAAGAGGUCUUUCAUUAAGAAUAUUAAGAAAAGAAAAAUCAAAAAUAAAGAGCCCAAGUACAUCAGAGAGCUAUCAUCUAAGCUUUUCGAGAUAGAGAAUUCUCUCGAUAUUAAAGCAAAUGAGGCUUCACGCAAACUUACUCAGGAUGUGACUUGAUCAGUGAAUGAAGACUUUAAGAAAAGAGGCAGAUUUUGGACUUGUUCAACAUCAUAUGAGUUCCAGGCCACAUUGACUGACAAUCCCUCGGAUAAGGAACUGAGUAUUAAACUAGAGAAUGAGAAAGUUGGAUAUGCCAAAAGUUUUAAAAAUUAUGCAUUGAAAAGAUAUGACGAUUUUGACGAAGAGGAAAGAAAGGGCCAGGAAGAGACUUAUCUUAAUUUAAACCUCAACCCAUGCCUUCCAGUAGAAUCAUACUUUCGGAAGAAAUCAUCAAAUUCUCAGAACCUUCAUCAAAAUAAUCCAUUACAGUCAAUUGAAGAUCUUGAUGAAUCUGAAAUAUUUUUAAAAAAUCUAGAGUUCAAGAAGAAAUGUCACUCAAAUUCUGUUAUCCCUGAUUCAAAUCAUGAUACCACAUCAUGAAGUGGUAUAAAAUCCAAAGAACAGAAAAAUCAGGCAUCUUCAGCUAUCUCAGAGAACACUAGAGUGAAAUCUCCUAAGAAAAAGAGAAAGAAGGACAGAAAGCUGUCAAUCAGCAACACAGAAUUCAAUGCGUUCUACUCAGCCUUUGAGAAACACAGUAAGACAAAAAUGAACAAAUCCUUUCUGACUCCUAGCAUUCCUUCUACUGUAAACAGUGGGCAGAUGAGCUAUCCUCAGUCCCCGAUUUCUUUAGACAAAACAAGAAAGCCUAUUAAGGGACUGAAAAAGCUACGUAAGAAGAAAAUCUAUUCCCCUCAAAAGGUGCUCAAAAAUCUAGAAAGUUGCCACAAAAAGCCCAAGGGAGGAAAUAAACCCUGAAAUUUCUCUUGGAAAAUGAAUGAAAUAAUAGUUUCCUUGGAUGAAAUAGAGAAGAGGUUUGACUAACCUAAUUUUGAACAGAUUGUUAAUCUCUCAUAACUUUAAACCCUAAGCCUCUCUUCCCUCUCUACAUAAAUUCAUUC